GAGCAUCUCUCGCUACAGCUUCUACGGAGUCCAACUCGUCCACACCAUGUCCAACGUCAACCACGCCGUCCCGAAUGCGAAGGAAUACUAUCCCCUGAACAAUCCUAGCAUCGGCGCGACCCUCUCGCCCGAAACGUUCCCCCAGAAUGCGAAGCUCCCUGCUCUGUUUCAACCCCUCACCAUUAGAGGUGUCACGUUCAACAACCGCAUCUUCGUCUCGCCCAUGUGCCAGUACAGCUCGGAUAACGGGCAUGCUACAGAAUGGCAUUUUGUUCAUCUCGGGGGAUACGCGACCCGCGGCGCCGGUGCGAUCACUGUCGAAGCGACCGCCGUCGUCCCAGAAGGGCGUAUUUCCCCACAGGACGCUGGACUCUGGACAGACAGCCAGAUCGCGCCCUUGAAGCGCAUCGUCGAUUUUGCGCACUCCCAAGGCGCGAAGAUCGGCAUCCAGCUCGCCCACGCCGGUCGCAAGGCGUCGACUCUCGCGCCUUGGGUGUUCGCGAGUGCUGAUCAGACACAUCGCGCGAGCACCUGGGUCGCACAGGAGAGCGAGGGCGGUUGGCCUGACAAUGUCUACGCACCUAGCGCGAUCGCCUACGAUCCCAUUCACCCAAAGCCGAAGGCCAUGACUGAGGCCGAUUUGAAUCGAGUCGAGGAGGCCUUUGUCGCAGCUGUCAAGCGCUCAGAGGAAAUCGGAUUCGAUUUCAUCGAGCUGCACGGUGCGCACGGUUACCUCUUGCACGAGUUCCUAUCCCCGCUCUCCAACAUCCGUGAGGACGCCUACGGCGGACAAUCGCUGGAGAACCGCAUUCGCUGGCCGCUGAGCGUGAUCAAGAGCGUCCGCGCUGUGUGGUCCAAACCGCUCUUCGUGCGCAUCAGCGGUACGGACUGGGCUGAGGGCCCCGAGAAAGGUGACGACGGUUUAUGGAAACAAUGGGGCAUUGAGCAGAGCAAGAUCUUCGUUGGCGAGCUGGAGAAAAUCGGUGUCGAUUUGAUCGACGUCAGUUCCGCCGGCAACUGGGCCGCACAGAAGAUCCCCGUUGGACCCGGAUACCAGGUUCCUCUCGCGGAGGCUGUCAAAAAGGCCUAUCCUAACAUAUCUGUCGGCGCUGUCGGUUUCAUCACCACAGCCGAGCAGGCGAAUGAUAUUCUCGAAGCUGGGAAAGCCGACGUUGUUUUCCUCGCGAAGGAGCUCAUCCGGACACCUCACUUCCCGCUCCUCGCUGCUCAGCAGCUAGGCGUCGCCGUCAAGCCAGCGAAUCAGUAUGAGCGCGGCUGGAUGCCCUUGAUUACGCCAAAGAAGAAUUGAAUGGCCUGCUCAUGAUGUGCUCGACGUCGUUGGAGGUGGUUGUAGGACUAGAAAGGAUCUGAUCACUAGCAGUGUAUCAGGACAGAAAGUGAACCAUAUGAGAUAAGGCAUAGAUAUACAUGCCAUGUUGCGAGAGUGCUUACUUAGACUAUUAAUGUCGAACCUUUUCUCUCCGG